AUGCAGCCUCAAGGCCCUUUGGAGGCACUUGGUCCAGCCAAGGCGCCGACAGGCCCCAUGAUGCCGCCAGCAGUUGCAGAUUUUUCAACUGACCCCAGGUCAUAUGAUGACCAGAAUAUAGAGCGGCCUCCCGCCGGUCUGCAGAGGAUGAGGCGGGAAUGUACCAUUCUACAGGAAUUGGAGGCUGGUGACAGGCAAGCGAACGAAAGAAACAGCCUGAGCACAAGGUUAUUCGAGCUUGGCAUGGAGCUACGCAAAGUUAGGCAAGUAAAUGACAUACUCGAGGCUGAAAACGCAGAUCUGCGGGAACGUAUUUUGCACCAAGCAGAUGCCUACCCGCAUGCCGCCGAAAUAAGAGCUCUUGCUCGCCGUUCGGGCCCUGAGUUGGCCGAAAGUGUUAGUUACCUAAUAGAGGAGAACAAGUUUCUUAGACUGAAGCUACAGUCAUCGAUUCGCUCUCAAGCGCGUUUGCAAGGCACUGCUACAGAAUUGGGCAAUGCCCUUCGAGAGCACGAGGAACGUGCUUACGCAAGGGAACUGGCGGAAUCAGGUGUCAGCAAUGAAUACAAGAUGGCCGCCACUACAGAAAAACCAGGAGACAUACCCAGCACAUCGCCCAGAACGCUCUGUGACAAAAGUCCAGAGCGACCUACUUCUCCGACACGCGGCGACUUCGUUAGGCGGUACUGCGUGUGCUCGAAGAAGCUUCAGGAGCUAUUAGACUGUAUUGAUUCUCAAAUUGGAGACUACGAAAGGGGAGUAUGGCAGACUCAGGUCAAUGUGCUAGAGGAAGAACGAGACAACCUCAUGCUCAAGACCGUUGUGAUGCGCCAGCGACUAGCCGAAGUCCAGGCAAAAAUAGUCACUGAUCCGUUCUUAGCUGCACGAUUUGGGGCAGAUGUCAACGCUGAGUUGGAGAGGCGCUUGGCCAGUGAACGAAAUAUUUCACGCAGUUGGCAGACAAAUCUGAGGGCAUUGCAGCGAGAGCUGAGGGAUCACUUAGCUGACUUGGCUGCUGCAUCUCGGGCAUCUGGACUCCGUUGUGACAUUCUCCGAGGGACACUGGCACAGGCUGGAGAAGCUGCCGCCAUGAAGGAAAUUCAAGGAUUUACACGUAGCGAGAAGGAGAGCUUGAGGCUAUUACGACAAGCCAGAGAUCGGAUCGCCGCAGAUGCAAACAGGAUCGAGGCCUAUGCUAUCCGAGUCAGAGAGCUGGAGCAGGAAGUCGCCAAUCUGCGGUGCGACUUGACACAACUCGAAAGAGGGGACACAUACAAAUGGGAGGAGAGCGCGCAAGUAUAUACUUGCGACUGCGACUUUUCUGUUGCAAUAACGGGCGGGGACAAUGCGUCAUCUGACUCUGACUGUACGGUUUCAGCUCUGCGCACUGCUAGACAGCUUCUGGUUGACCGAGCAGAAACAGCCAGGGUGUUAGAGUCAGUACAGAAGAGAAAGCAUCAGCUGCAAACGCAGCAGUUAGCUAGCGAAGAAGUAUUGCUGCCAGAAUUGGCCGCUCCUGGGGGACUUAGCAGGUCGCCUCUGGAGGACAACACUUUCGCACUGACAAUGGACAUCACCCCUAUAGCAGCCGCGUUGUUUAGCGAUCAGCCUGCUACUGGGAUUUCAGUUUCAAAGGUGUACGACGCCUUGACGGUAGAGAGAGGACGUGAUAUAUUUAGGCGGCUCAUGGUGCUAAGGAAGAUAGCGAACAGCGCCACCUUCUACACGGAAGGAACCCCAAGUAUCCCUGGAGCGAAGCUUGGGCCAUCCGCCGAAGUGGAUACUUCGGAACGUCUAGAUGAAAUCAAGCAUAUCCAAAAGAGCAUAGAUCAACGUGAGCGCUCACUCCAGCAAGCCGAGGAAGCAAUGCAAGCUCGAGUAGCUCUCCGCCAGGUCGAGUCCGAGCUUAUCAAGAAGCUAAAACAAAAUCAGGAGCAGUUCGAGGAGCAGAGGAAAAAAGAUGCCAUGAAAGCCAAUGAAGAGAUGGCGAGACAGCGAAGGGAAUACGAGAAGCAGCUGGAAACGGAACGAGCUCGGUGCGAGGUUCUCCGAAAGGAACUGGAAUUGCAAGCAAUGGAACUCGAUCUCCAAAGGAAGAUCGAGGAGGAAAGAAUUGUAGAACGUUCACAGAAAGAGAACCUUGAGCUGGAGAGAGAGCUUCAGAAGCUGCGCAAUCAGCUGAGAGCAAUGGAACUCGAAAUGCAACGGAUAUCUGCAGACGCAGCGCGAGAGUCAUUGGCUGCGAAGUCAGCGGCAGCGGAGGAAAGGGCCACUCUGUCGGCUGCUACUCAAGCUGCCGAACAUAAGGCCAAUGAUGCUCUUAAGCAGCUUCAUGAGCAUGAGAAGCAAGACGAGAUGCGAGCGGUAGAAAAUAAGCUCAAACAAGCCUUGGCAAGUCGUGCUGGUCCAGCGCCAGCGCCACCCCUUUCACGAGCUCCUGAAGAGGUGUCAACAAAGGAAUCUAUAAGCCCACUGAGUAAGCCUGCUACUGCUGAGCUAGGGGGAAACGCGCAUGCCCCUAAACAUCAUGCACCCUCCGACCUCUCACCAAGAUCGUACUUUAGAAAGAUGGUAACUGGAAAGUACACUUCUCUUGCCAGCGCCUUCAGACACAUGGACGUGGACCACUCGAACACUGUUAAGCUCUCAAUAUUCGGAGACGUGGAACAGCCGUUCAACGAUGCCGGAAUUCCCUCCGAAGGCCGCGUAACCAAGGAGCAAUUUAUCCUUAUCGCGGAAAAAUCAGGCGUCUCAACUGCUUGUGCAAACUCCCUGUGGGAUUAUAUGGAUAGGGCAAAUCGCGGAAGUCUGCAGCGAGAAAAUGUCCUUCUUUUGCUGGAAGACAAUGUCGAUCUGGAUGAAGUGGAACGCGUAGAGCAGAGCGCAUCUAAUGUGCUGACCAAUGUACUAAACGUGUUUUCGGGCACUACUGUGACUCCAAAACCUGCGGCGAAGAAUCCUAGGCGCUCUUCGUUUAAGAAACUUACAUACACUGCUGCUAGGGAGGAGCUGGGCUUCACGUCUAAAGAAGCGCAGGUCGAUGCUGUACUAGCGGAUUGUUCUCCCUGGGAUUGCAUCUAUCCGGAGGACCGCAAAGAAAUGAUUGCAGACAUGAAGCACCGGACUGUUGGAAAGGGUCAGCUGAUUCAGAAGGAAGAUGACCCCAACUGCCCACUUUACAUCUUUCUUAAGGGGACUGUCAGCAUAUUCCAGCCGGGCUUUAUACAGUACAGCUUCGUCGAGAGCUCACCUGCUCCAUGCAUGCUUUACUCGGAAAACUUAGUUGAGGGCACACCAAACAAAACGUGUGCCAAGGCAGACAGCGACGAAGACGUGGUUAUGUAUACGCUUGAUAGGGCUGUUUUUGAGAGAUCUUACGAGUCUUUUAGAAAGCAAACUUUUCAGCCGGAUGAAAAGAUAAUAUCCGAGGGAGACCCUGCCAAUCGCGUACUAAUGGUUAAAGAUGGCGAAGCUGUUGCCCUGGGGUUGCGGACCUCCAAAGAGGAAGUUGAAAUCCGGGUUUACAGGCCGCUUGACUUUUUUGGAGAUGGCACGCUUAUCAAGAGUCACACGCACACUGCCUCCGUCCGAGCAAGAACAGACUGCACUGUGAGUCAUUUGAGUUUUAAGGAGGACAGCUGCAUUUUGACGCACAAAUCAUUACGCCCGACGGCGUAUCUUGUGCAACACAAAUCCGAUUGUGAGCUGUUGUCAAAUUUCCAGGUUUUAUGGAUGGGGAGUAACAUAUUCUACGGCGUUCUAAGAACGCUUGAAACUGAGUUCCGGAGGCGUAACGGGCGCGCUACUACAUUAGAAAGCGGCGUUAUGGAGCUUCAGAGUCAACCCAGUGCAGGAACGACAGCUGGGGACGAGCUAGCUUCUAUGCAAUCAGGUGCUCUCGCAGACGAAGAUAUACGCAAUGUGCCUUUGGUCGGUGCACAGCAGGAGAGCCAGGAGCCUGAGUCCCUUGCUACUGCCAUUCCAGCACAGGAAAAGACCCUCGUUGACGCCGAACUCAUUGAAAAACUUCUCCAGGAAGAAACUGAAAGGAUGCAUGAAGAAUGUGGCUUGCUUAUGGAAGCGAUUCCAGUGCUGAAGAAUCUCCCGAAAGAGCGCAGGCAGGAGUUAUGCAAUCGCAUGGUCCGCGAAAUUUACUUUCCAAAUCAAGCCAUCGUACUUCAGGGUGAAGCUGCGGACAAGUUUUACAUUGUGAAGUCUGGGACAGUUUCCACAGAGAUUUAUGUUGGAUGCGGCAAAAUGCAGAAGAUUUCUGAGAUGACAUCGGGAUCGUUUUUUGGAGAAAUGUCCAUUAUAAAGCAUGAACCCAGGACAGCAUACAUCGUUGCCAUGACACCCGUAUACGUAUACGCUCUUAAAGCCUCAGACUUUCAGGAACUACUGGGUGACACACAUGAAGCAUUUCUGGAGCAUGCACAGAGGAUGUAUAGCCAGAAGACAGCCAAACCGAUAGCUAUGGAGGAGGAAGCUGCCCAUUUAAGUGAAGCAGAGUUGCCCCCUGUGCUAAACCUUCUCUCUGGUGUUCCUGUUAUCAAGCUGCUAAAUCUCGAGGAAUUGAACGAGCUGGCACGUGCUUUCCAGGUGAUGAAUGUGCGGGAGCGUGAAGUUAUCAUGCAUGAAGGCGACCCAGCAGACAAGUUUUGCAUUGUUAUUGAAGGCAUGGUAUCUAUCCAAAAGUCACUUGAGCCUGGCAAACCCCGACAAGAGGUUGCAGUGGUUAAUGCCGGAGAAUAUCUAGGGGAAAUCGGUUUCCUAAACAAUCAGCCGCGAACAGCGAGCUGUGUUGCAAAAACAAAGGUCAAGUUGCUUUAUCUAGGUCGUGCUGAGUUCGAUCAGCACCUAGGUCGCUUGGCUGAGGCAUUCCUACAACAGGCAGAAAGCACAUAUUCUACUCAGCAGGCAGAUAUUCCGGAUUGGCUGCGUGACGCAAAGGAAAAGGGGGCCUUUUAUGAUCCCAACGCAGCCACCGACAGCACAGAAGACCUAGAGGAACCCAUCCGCAAAUUCAGCCUAACAGAAGCAUCAGACGAAGCAGAAGCUAAUGUGUAUAAGAAGAAAAAGGAAAGAAAGACAUCAGCGGAGGGCGGGGCUGCAGUCGUGGGAGCGGCAGUUUCUGUCGAGAGCAGUGAAGAUGAAGCCAAGAAGAAAAAGAAAAGUAAAAAGUCAGGAGAAAAGGAUAAGCCAAAGGACAAGAAAAAAUCAAGUAGUAAAACUGAAGAUUCUGCAUCAACUUUCACAUCAGGGGACCUUGAUCGGCUGAGGGACCUCCUUGCUGGCACUUUUAAAAACAAAUAUGGAUCGCUAGCGCAUGCAUUUGAAGAAAUGGAUGUCAACAAAAGCAGCAUCGUGGAUGCAGAUGAAUUCUACGCAUUCAUCAAAAAGAGCAACGUUCGAGGUUUCCGCAAGGCAGAAUUGGACGCUCUAUUCGAUGAACUUUGUCGUCCAAUUAAAGGCCGCCUUGUAGUAGGAAAUCUAUACCGGAAUGCCAGGGGAGUUGAACCCACGGGGGCAGAAAUUCAUCUUCGAGCCAUCGAGAUCUAUGGAUCAGUGCUAGCGGCAUUUAAGAAGACUGCAGGCAUGGAUUCGACGGAUCUGUGCACGCGGGAUAACUUCACAAGCCUAGCUGAAAAAGUUGGAGUGGAUAACGACAAGGCACAGCGAAUCUGGGAGGAGUAUAUUGACGGUGUGAAAUCUACCGACGACUGCGUCACACUGUCUACGCUCAUCGGUUUGAUGUCUGGUGAGCUGACGCCCGAAGAAGCUGCGGCAAAAGAGUCAGAGGCUCGUUCGUUGGGUAACCGCAUUUGGGCUUUCUUUGGAGGAGGCGCUGGAGUUGAAGCAGCAGCAUCUGGGAGUGACGCUCCCACCGAGGGCGAAGCAGUCGAGGAGACGAUUCCAUUCGAAGAUCCUGCAGUAGUCCAAAGGGACGAUCAUCGAGCUUUUCCCAAUGAGACGCAACUUCUUCUUGAAAGCAUAAAGAAGGAGCCUCCAUUGGAAGUUCUUAGCCCACAGCAGCAAAAAUAUGUGGCAACUCUCAUGCGGCGAGAAGUUGUGCCCGCAAAUACUUCUGUAGCAGAGGAGGGAGGGGAUCCCGCACUCAUGUGGUGUAGCUCAGGCGAAUUCGAUGUUACUCAAGCAGUUCGUCAUCCUAUUGGCAUUUAAGGAUUUUUUGGAGUAUAUGUUAUACGAACUCUGAAACCAGGAGACUUUUUUGGCCUGGAGGAGCUGGUAUCAGGAGAAAAGCUGAAAUGCACUUUGAAAUGUCGGCAGAGUACAAGCGAAUGUGCGCUAUGGGUUUUAGACAGAGAGAUGUUCCUCGACUCUGUAAAGGAUAUGCUGACGAGGCGUCAGGCCUUUGUAACCGUGGCUCAAGCAUUCCUUCAUAAGGUUCCUCUUGUGCGAGAUCUACCGGAGGAGCAAAUUGCUGCUGUAGCAAAAGCGUGCAAAGUGGAGCGAUUUUCAGAAGGCCAAACUGUCUUCAAGAUGGGUUUCCAUGGCGAUAUGCUUUGCUUUAUAUACAAGGGCGAAGCUAUCACCCAAAAGCCGCAAGAUGAUGGUGGAAUCCUCGAACUGGCGAGACAGGGCAGAGGCGAAUACUUCGGAGAAAUGGCACUUAUCAGAAACACAAGGCGCACUGCGUCAGUGGUCGCAGGGACGGAGUUGCUUUUGUUUUGCCUGGAUAAGGAAUCAUUCGAAAAUCUUCUUGCCCCCGUGAAAGAAAAAAUGGCAGCAAAGGCGGCCUCUUCAUACAAACGCCAAGAUGAGGCUCCACCGACUGAGGCCGAAUCAAAGCCUUCGGACGUAGCUACCACCGGUCCGGUUCCUGGAUCCCGAGACGCCGGUGAAGCCUGUGUGAAGAAACGAACGCGCAAGAGCUCUCUUGCCUUAUUGAAUUACUCGAAGAUUAGAGAUCAAGAAAAACAGGCGGAAGAAGGACCAGGCGAAAACGCUGAAGAUAAACCUGCAGCGCGUUGGCGAUUGGCGGAGGAGCCUGGUUCCACUCAUGAGCCGCCACCUCUGUCCGCUCCUGGAGGCCGAAGCUGUAUUAAGCGGAGCAGCUCUCGGGAUGGAGUUCGCACGCGGAAGUCGUCCGUGAGGUUUGACGAGGAUUCGCUCUUACCUUCAGAUACUUCAUCCGACGAAGGCUGA